AUGGAGUCUGCCUCUUACCCGCACAGCGAGGUUGCCAACCUGGAGCAACUCGCUGAUCCCCGCUACCUGGCCGCCAUGGCUGAGGCCGUCACACAAGAACAAAGUGAAUACGCAGCCCCUUCGUCUUCAAGUCCCAGUCGGCGAAAGCGAAGUGCUCCCGAUUCAUCGCCAGCUGAGUCGAGACGUGCAAAGCGAGGCGCACCACAAGCCACCAUGUCCAACCAUGCCGAUGUUGAGGCUGAGGCUUCAUACGUUGAGAGUGCAGUCGAAGCUGCUCAAGCCGCUGCAGCUGCCAGCGUCAAUGCCGCAGACUUUACCGCACUGCAACAAGCUACAGCAGUAGACCAUCAUGAAUCUGCUGAUCCGGCCAACGCUUCGAGCACAGCAGCCGCCGCACUAGGUUCCAUGUAUCCUACUAUCCACGUACCACCUACCACUGAAGAAACAUUUGCUGCACAGGCCGCCAAUGAGAAUGAACACUCGUCCUACGGCAACAGCGACAUGGUGCCGACGGACAGUUUACCUGACCCUUCAAACCAGGGCCCUCCACAAGGACCGCAACCUCUGGGACAAAAUGGUCUGAGAUCCGGUGCUCCAGUGUUCCAAUCACCAGUUCAGCAGCCAGCCGGACACCGACCUGCCGUGGGCUCUGAGGAAUGGCAUAAGCAACGCAAGGAUAACCACAAAGAAGUUGAACGUCGACGCAGAGAAACCAUCAAUGAAGGUAUCAAUGAGUUGGCCAAGAUUGUUCCCGGAUGCGAAAAGAACAAGGGCUCCAUUCUUCAGCGUGCCGUUUCCUUCAUCACGCAACUCAAGGAGAACGAGGCACAGAAUAUUGAAAAGUGGACGCUGGAGAAGCUGCUCACGGAACAGGCCAUUCAAGAACUGAGCACAUCGAAUGAUAAGCUCAAACAGGAGUGCGAGAGGGCAUACCGAGAAGUGACAGCAUGGAAGUCUUUGGCUACGAGCCAUGGACUGAACUUGAACCAGAACCAGAACCAGUCAAAGGACGAAACGAGUACAUCCUCGUGA